AUGCCUUGCGCUUUGGCUGACAUUUCUCUCCAAGAUGAUGUCCGUAUCGAAGCGGGUCAUACAGAUCUACCUCGUCUCGUCUCCAAGGUUGUAUCCCUGAUCCGUCAUGAGUUACCAACUUGGACGCAUACCCGUCAAGAUCUCGGUCAACUCGCCGAGCAGCAAGGUCGGGUCGUUGCCAAUUUCGUCGCCGACUGUGAUCAUAACAGAGACCUUGUCUGCGACGCAACGUACCCUGAGAAUGUCAUCGAUCUGAUCCACGAAUCGGCCAUUUCAUUCCCCAUGUCAACGUACUACAGCCUUCUGGCCAGCCUGGUCAACCUGGUUAUAGACGGACAUGAAAGGUCGAUAAACGCCCUGUUACAGACCUCUGCCGUUUCUGUUCUCACAAAGCUCGCCAAACACGCCAUGCUCGCCUCGUCACCACCGGGUUCAGAACCAAUCUCAUCCGGGGUGAUGGAAUGGUCUUGGUCGGUCAUAGAUAUCAUCGUGAACCCUACCGCAGAGCCAGACGAAACAAAUCUUCAAACAAACGUCGAUACCAUCCAGGACCUAUAUUCACCUCUUUCUACCAUUCCCAUAGUGUCCGAUUUCAUCCCAGCCGAUUUCAAUCACACCUCUCCCUUCUGUUUGGUGGCCUCCAGGGUUCUAGAAGUCGUUGCUUCCGCCAAUCUGACUUCGUUACCAGCACUGUUACUCGGUGCGAGGACAAUGGAUAUCUAUGGGAAAUCUCAAACGAGUGUUCUGUACCACAUGCUAUCCUUCAUUGAAACCACCCCUACCACAAGGGAGUCCGGAACAGUGACAGAGGGUGGAGGCCAAGUCUUAGAGACUGGUCAUGAAGAUGCAGACGCGACAAAUACCCUGGAACAAACAUUCAAACAGAUUCAAACCAAUCUCAUACAUGUCAUCAUACAUCUCAGCACUGGUGUUGCAACGGACGAAACGAGCUUUCGUGGUUUCUGGGACUCACUGCGAGAGUGGCUGAGAUCGGGAUCUCGAGAGGAGCUUGUCGAGUGUGCUUUGGUAGCUUUCGGUAACGGGUCAGCCAAAGAUCAGCUCGCUAUUGAUCUCAUUACUGGCGAACGAUCUUUGCUGCCGGUCCUCGUGGAGCUUCUCGAGCCAACCAGUCCUCCCCGAGUGCAACAUGCACUCAUCGGCUUGCUACGAAAUCUAUCAGUGCCCGCGGGCAAUCGUCUCGUUCUCGGUCAGGCGGGUGUCAUCUCCAGGCUAGGGUCCAUGGAGGCGUUUCGAUCCGAAAAACAGUUGCCGAGCGUCCAUCGAGGGGCCGUGGAGAUACUGAAGCUCCUGUGCAGAGAUAACCUGGUCAACACCUUGCACGUAGUAGGGCAAGACGGUCCUUUAAAAAGUGUCUUUUCGCUGUACGACACAUGCGCCGAUCCGGCGGUACGAGCGGAGACCGGUCGCUUGUUGGUAAACCUCUUACACUCGCUGUCGAAGUCAAGCACGUCCGAGUCGGCAGAGGGAUUGAGACGACUUUGCUCGGUGCAAGUCUGCUCGAUUCUGUGUGAUCUAUCGAAGGAAGGAUCCAAGCAUCCGGUUCUCGUCAACGAAGCGGUGAUUGGCUUGAAUCUACUGGUGACCUUUGGACGAGGAGAUAUCGUGAACAUGGUACGCAACGAGCUGGAAAGUGGCACGACGGCCCCUGAGACGGAGUCAACCUGCGACCCUUCAGCGCUGCGGGCACUUAUCUUGUUCAUGGAGCGACCGGGACAGAGUAUGGAGAUCAGACACAACUGCGAGACGUUGCUGAGCAAGCUGGGUGUCCAGUCAGAUGCAGGCGAUCGACGGAUGACGGCGUCUAGAUGACGUUCAAGACAUUAUAUUCGAUCAUUACCCAAUUGAGAGUCAGGUGAAUACGAGAUGAAUAUGAUGCUGAUACUGCAGAUGAUGGGACACGCACGGAGUGAGAGCAGAGGGUGAUCCGAUCUCGAAGAGGACGUUCUCAAAGUAGGUAACGUAAGUAAGUAGAGUAAAAGAUGUGGAGAGGUCUGAACCGCUUUCGUAUGUAUGCGUUCAACUUGUCCAGCCGCACUCGUCCCAUGU